AUUACGUCAAUACGUAGCUAGAGGAAUGGGGCGCCUGCUGAAAACCGUGAGAGACGCGUGCGCAGGUUAUGAUGGUGGAGAGGUAGCCAGCUAGAAGACGUUCAACCAGGCGGAGAGGUGACUAUCGUCAGAUGUCAGGAGAACUGCCUGAAUUUUGUAGCGGUUCUAGACUAAAACUGUAAACAACACGCAUUUCAUAUACCACUAGUUACAGCUAUCCGUAAACCGAAGCCCUGGAACGUCCAAGAAUGCCGAACAUUAAGAUUUUCAGCGGUAGCUCGCACCCGGACCUGACUCAGAAAAUCGCAGACCGCUUGGGGCUGGAACUUGGGAAGGUCGUCACUAAAAAAUUUAGCAAUCAAGAGACAUGUGUGGAGAUCGGGGAGAGUGUGAGGGGGGAGGAUGUCUACAUAGUGCAGAGCGGCUGCGGGGAGAUCAACGACAACCUGAUGGAGCUGCUGAUAAUGAUCAACGCCUGUAAGAUCGCCUCGGCCUCCCGAGUCACUGCUGUCAUCCCCUGCUUCCCCUACGCCCGUCAAGACAAGAAGGACAAGGUGGGGAGUCGGGCACCCAUCUCCGCCAAGCUGGUGGCCAACAUGCUGUCCGUUGCCGGGGCUGAUCACAUCAUCACCAUGGAUCUCCACGCCUCACAGAUACAGGGCUUCUUUGACAUCCCAGUAGACAACCUGUAUGCUGAGCCAGCUGUGCUCAAAUGGAUCAAGGAGAACAUCAAUGAGUGGAAGAAUUGCACCAUCGUGUCUCCAGAUGCUGGAGGUGCAAAGAGAGUCACCUCCAUCGCUGACCGUCUCAAUGUGGACUUUGCUCUCAUCCACAAGGAGAGAAAGAAGGCCAAUGAGGUUGACCGCAUGGUUCUGGUGGGGGACGUGAAGGACCGGGUUGCCAUUUUGGUUGACGACAUGGCUGACACAUGUGGCACCAUCUGUCAUGCAGCUGACAAGUUGGUGUCAGCUGGUGCCACCAAAGUAUACGCCAUCCUGACUCAUGGGAUCUUCUCUGGCCCAGCCAUCUCUCGCAUCAACAAUGCCAGCUUUGAGGCUGUGGUUGUCACCAACACCAUCCCACAGGAAGAUAAGAUGAAACACUGCUCUAAAAUACAGGUCAUCGACAUCUCCAUGAUCCUCGCCGAGGCCAUUCGCCGGACGCACAAUGGCGAGUCUGUCUCCUAUCUCUUCAGCCAUGUUCCCUUGUAACAUGUCCCGUGCCAGGAGAACUGCGGUCUGCCCUGAGGAGGCUGUACCACAGCUUUACCAAAGGAGGAAGAAAUGUUGUAGUGCUCUACUCCACCCACUGUAGUCUUUUGACCGCCAGAUAGAGUCAACUUCAAGGGAUGGGCUGGUGCUACUAGUCUCCUCCCCCCUCCCUCAGCCAUGCUACGUUUGGCCUCCAAACCAGCCUCGGAUUUUCUCCCUUCCCUUGGUCUUUUUGCCAUAUUCUGUUACGCUGACCGUCGACAUGCUCAACCAUUGGACUUGUUAGCUGCUGAGUUCAGUUACUUAGUUCAGUUUUCAGUUUGCCUGUUUAUUUUAUAGCGUCAAGCAUUUAAUGGAAUUUGAGCUGUAGUUUACAAUGCUGCUGAAGCCCAGUUUUAGAGGGAGCCUCUGCUCUGUGAUUGUGGGUCGUAUUGAAAAAGUCUGUACUUUGCUGUUUCUCAAGGUAUUUUUUUGCCCAGAUUUGGGGCUUUGGCUUCCUGAAGAAACAAGGCUGCUUAUUUGCUAUUUUUUUUCUUUGAGUUUUAAAGACAAAUGUGUAAUGUUUUAUUUCAGCUGUUUUUA